CCAUGAAUGUGGAAACCUUCAAACCAACAAUCCCAUUCCCACCUUUUAGUAUACCAUUACCACCAAACGAACCUAGUUUAUGCAUCCCCCACCCACACCCACACCCACACCCCGGCUGCUGUAUAUAUAUACAUCGACUACUGACAAAGAUAUAUAGAAUAAAAAUGAGGAUGAGCUGUAAUGGAUGCCGAGUUCUAAGGAAAGGGUGCAGCGACAAUUGCAGCAUUAGGCCCUGUUUGGAAUGGAUCAAAAGCCCAGAGUCUCAGGCCAACGCAACCGUCUUCCUCGCCAAAUUCUACGGCCGCGCCGGCCUCAUGAACCUCAUUAAUGCCGGCCCCUCCCAUCUCCGCCCUGGUAUAUUCAGGUCGCUACUCUACGAGGCGUGUGGGCGGAUCGUGAACCCGAUAUACGGGUCGGUGGGGCUGAUGUGGUCGGGGAGCUGGCAGCUUUGCCACAGCGCGGUCGAGGCGGUGCUCAGAGGGGCUCCCGUCACCCGGAUGGACGACGCGGCCGAGGCUAAAAACGGUCCGCCCUACGACAUUCGACACGUCAACAAGGAUAAACUGACCAACCCGCGCCGGGUUAGGAACAAGCGAUCUCGCCUGUCUGCGGAAGUUAGCCACGAGUCGUCGUUGAGCCACCAGUCCCAGCUGAGUUUGGACGAAGGAGAAAUUGAGCUGGACUUGACGCUAGGGUUCGAGCCGAUUAGGACACCAAAACGAGCCGACUCUGGUUUCUCUGAAAUGGAGUUGCGGCUGGAUUGCCUGCCCUCGUGAUCCACGCCUCUAAUAUUUUAUUAAUAUUUUUCGUUUUCCAGAUGAAGUUUUGUUUAAGUGCUGUAUAGCGAAGCCGAUCCAGAUGUGGUGUUACUAUCAAUCAAUAAAAUGGAAUAGGAUGGCAUAAGAUGUCCACCUUUUCAUAUA